AUGGUUUAUGCACGUUUUCAGCAUGUUGAUCUGCCAUUUAGUGAUCAGGGAAGGUGGUCAGAGCUGAAAAAUCUCUAUGCGAAGCUACAGGGAGUGAAGGAUACAGAAGAUCUUGUUGAAGUUCUACAAAGGAUUUUUGAAGUUUCUGGUAAUGACAUCAAACAACUCCGAGUUCCUAGCGAUCGGUCAGGCGCGAAAGAAACUUCCGAUUCCUUGAAGCUAAGCUGGCAUUUUCAAGGGCUACAGCUGUUUUUUGAUAAGAUUGCAACAGAACAAGAAAGUGGAACAUUUUUCGAGACAAUUCUUCCAUUCAUCGUGAGUUUAGCAUCAAGCAUCGAAGAGUUUGCACCCAGUGAAGGCAUUCUCCUGUGUUCACAACAGCGAGAGUCUGGCAUUGUCCUUGACAGAAGAUUCAUUGCUUGCCUUCUGGCCUCAGCAUUUCUCUGCGCAUUUCCCCCACCAGCAGAUGACAUCCAAGUUAGAUCCAUUAACUUUGUUCAUUUGUUUACAUGUUUUCACAGAGAGGAUAUGCAAGAUGCUCAGGCAGCAAAGCUGCGAUGUCUAAUUCACUAUUUUGAAAGACUUAGCAGUGUCUGGCCAGAUGUUACAGGAAGAGUUUUCUACAGCAGACAGGUUAUACCAAGUAACUCUCUUCCUUCACUUGAUGACUGGAUGUCAUGUGACCUUCCUCUGUGUCCAGUUAUUGUUGAUAACAAGACAUCAAUAGAAAAUUCUGGAGAACAUAUGCUCCAGGUAGACUUUGCAAACCGUUUCAUUGGAGGAGGUGUUUUGGGUGCAGGUCAUGUCCAGGAGGAGAUCAGGUUUUGCAUCAACCCUGAAUUACUGGUGGCUUUGAUGACUAUGGAGGCCAUGCAGGAUAAUGAAGGAAUUGUGAUCAGGGGAGCUGAAAGAUUUUCUUCCUAUUCGGGAUACGGAAGAACCUUUAACUUCACUGGCGACUUUAAGGACGAUUCAGAGCGCGAUGAAGACGGUGAUUUUCAGACCACAGUGGUAGCAAUUGACGCAAAACGGUUCAAGGAUAUGCCAAGAGAGACUCAGUUUGAAGAACCUGCGUUGAUAAGAGAACUAAACAAGGCUUUGGUAGGAUUUUACAACCCUGAAGUCGGUACCCAGAUCCUCCGCACUCAAUCAGAUGAAGAAAGUGACGCGUCUUUAGCUGAAAGCGAAGAUUUUGUUUCAUCGGAAGAGCUCGUGGUUUCUUCGGAAGAUCUCUUGGCAUCAUCGGAGGAAACUGAAACUCUUAAAAAAAAUCCCUUUCCAGAAGACGUCAAAGUUAUGGAAAUUCAGGAAUUUAGCUCUAACCUCGUCAAUGUAGCGCUAUCACAAGCUAUGAAUGAAGUGAACAAUGACUAUUUCUUAGAAGACUUUGUUGACGGUGAUAUUGUGACUAAUGUUAUGAAAAAGUCUUUGAGCGAAGUCUUUGGAAGUACUCCCGAAAAGGUACGGAGAUACUCGGAAAACCUCCUGAGCCCAUCGCUGCUCCCGAAGUGCUUGUCGCUUAGCGUAAGCGGUUCAAAUUCUCCAACAGUUCCCGGUACACCUCCGUCCUCUCCAGCAAUGUAUGAUCCGAACAUAUCCGAACAGAAAUCUUUAGAGUCUCAACUAGGAUUGAACACUUCCCUCAGCUUGAAUAGAAGCUCAAGUAAAGAUUCAUCUCUUUCUUCUUCUGUGAAAAGCUUUGCUGACUCACUCUCCAACUCUCUAAUGUCAUGCGUGGAGUUGACGUCAUCCCUCGCAACCGCCAUAGCAACCGUGGCGACUUCACCGGGACAAGUGGUAUCGGAUACCAAAGAAGCUUUCUGCAAAAGCCCCAAGAAAAUAAGGUCCCCGGUAAAGAAUGGAGAUAGUAUUUUGUCAUUUUUGAAUCAGAAAGUUACUCAAUCGGAAAUUUCGCCAAAUAAUACUUACUCUAAUGGUUUUCACUUUACUGCGUUUGUAGAGGACUUAUCGUCAUUAGUGAAAUCGUCAAAGUUAGAAAGGGUUAGGAUCGCAGAUGACUCGGAUAGCUGCCUGAUGUCUUUAUGCGCCAGACAAAACCUCAUGGAGGAAUUCAAUCAAGUUGGGGAUGAAUCCAACGCGAAAGUGUGCGAGCAGUUUGCAACAAAAUUAUCAAGCUUAAUUGUUGAUAUUGCCAUCACUUCUUUAUUUGGAUCACAAUUUGGAAGGAACGAACUUGAGAAAGAUGCAUUGGAGAUUCCCACCGAGCACAUUACAGAUCCUGACUCUACGGAUUCAUCUAAUGGGAAAAUGGAUACUGGUUCUCAGUCCUUAUCGGACGCUGUGCAUAUCAAGGACAGUCAGAAGUUUCUUAACGUCCUUAAUGGUCGCGUAGAUGCUCUGUUGGCAGAUACAAUACACUCUGCUCUGGCUGAGGCGGUAGCAUAUUGUGUUGAGAAAACAGCUUGUGAUUGGUUUUCUUCUCCCGUUGAUGAUGAGCAUGAACCAUUGAAAGACAAAGAUGGACAAGGAGAGACAGAAAAUGGAACUGUUUGUGUCAGUAGAUCAGAUGUAAGUGAUGUGAAUUCGUCGGAAUCUUCUGAAGAGGAGCAGAGCGACUUCCCUGAAGGAGAUAAACUGACUGUAGGAAAUUCCUUGAACGCUCUCGCCUCUGAAAUCCCAGAGGCUGUGUAUGAAAUAGCCGAGAAACUUUCCCAGAAUAUCAGUUACGAUGGAGUGGUGCAAGCAUUAGCAGUGAUGAAAGAAAAAUCCAAGGAACUGACGACAGAAGUUCAAGUGGAAACUCCCCAGGAAGUCACAGAGCUUGAACCUGAGAAAAAGACAGAAGAAUCGCUCUCCUCUUUUGACAAAGAGGGAACAGACAAGCAAACUUUGAAUGGAUUUGUGGAAGAUUUGAGCAGUAUGACGAUACAUGGAGCUGUUAAGAUUGCAGGGGCACUUCUAGAGAAGUCCGACGGUGAACCCCGAUUACGCCCCGUUGCAACCGGAAACUGGGGAUGUGGGGUGUUUAAGGGGGACCCGGAACUAAAGGCUGUUAUUCAGUGGGCUGCCGCGUCAGCAGCUGGGUGUCCUGUGGUAGUUUACCAUACUUUCGGUGACCAGAGAAUGUCACAGUUCCUCAAGGCACUCGUUUGUUUACAUUCACGUGGCUUGAAAGUCUCUGACGUCAUUCAAGGAGUGCUUCGAUUCUACAAAGCUAUCAUGGAAGGAGGGAAGGAAACCGCUGGAAAAUAUUUGUCACUGCUGUCAUUUCUCUGCCAAAUGCGUCGACCAUCUAUCAAGAAAUGAAAACGUAAGGUUUACAUCUACAUAACAAAAGUGGAGGCCAGUCGGCAAACACUAGCUCUUUAAAUAUCUAAGUUCUCCGAACAGUUUGCGUUUCUGAGCGCGAUCAAGAGAGAUGGAAGUCGCCGGAAAGUUAGGAUCCUUAGUUUUACGAUUUAAUGGAGAGGGUGAAGGGAUUUAGAAAAUAUCGCAACAAAGAAGGCUAAAGUUAUUAUAAGAUAUCUUUGUAUAGUAGGGUAAGGUAUAUUCCGGAUUGCGGUUUGGAUCCAUUAAUCAGGAGUAUGGAAUCACAGAAAAUAUUGCGUGCCCUUUCUCGAAUAAUUCUUUGAUUUGGCAGUUAGCUUAAAAUAAUGGGGACCUGCUAAUUAUUGUUCUGUCCUUUGGAGACACUCAUGAAAAAUAAUAACAGUAGGCCAUCGGUUGGAAGGAACAUUUAUCUUUUUAGGUAAUGUAAUUAACCUUCUUUUGCAUUUCACAGUGCAACUGCGCACGCUUCGCACGAAAAGCGUGUGAAACUACACGGUUUCCCCACUCAGCUCCUUGUUUAAAGAAAAACCUUAAUGCACAUAACUUUGAGGAAAAGUUACUGGGUGACCUGGGUUCAAGUCUAGGCUAGUUCAUGGCCUUCGGAUGGGUAUAGAGCUUUUGUUAUUUUCAUUACGUUAUGAGUUAAAUUAUUUCUUCUUCUUGUAAUAUUCAACCAGGAUGUGUGUGGUUUUUUUUAGAGCACACGUCUUUUUCACAAGGUCGGAGUUGUACAUCUAGAGUUUUAAUACAGAAUUAUAUUUUUGUUUAUAAUUAGUAUAUACAACUAAGUGAAGUUUAUACAUUAGAAUCUUAGGGGCUUAUAUUAUUGUUAACGUUUUUUAUUUUUAAGACGUAGAUAGUUUGCUGAAUAAAUUUCCAGUUUUAUUAUACAAAGACAUUCUUUUUAUAAAUAAUUGAAUACAGAGAUUAAACGCAAUCGAAAACCAAGUA